AUAUACAUUUACAAGAAGCCAUUAAAAGCAUGUUAAGAUGAUAAUGCAUAUUGCAUAAGUUAUGUCAAUUUUACAACUAAUCAUGCCAGUUACUAUGAAGUGUUGUAUGGAUAUUUUCUUUUGGAAGUGUUAUUAAAAGAUGCAGUUACACAUAUGGGGAAUAUUAUUGUUAAUGAAUAUAAAUUUGAAUAUUAUGAAUGCCAAAAUGGAUCCAUAUCAUGCAUACAGAAACUUAGACACAAACAGCCUUCACGAUAGCAACACCAUAAAUCAAAAUUUCUCAUCGCAACCAUUUUUUGAUUUUUCCGUUGCUCGAAACGUAACGACACGCGUUGGACAAACGGCCUUCUUAAGUUGUCGAGUUGAGCAGCUGGGUGAUAAAUUGGUAUCGUGGAUACGAAAAAGAGAUCUUCAUAUAUUAAGUGCUGGUUUAUCAACAUACACAUCAGAUGAGAGAUUUCAGAUAGUGGAGUAUGAACCGUCCGAAAACUGGACCCUCCAAAUAAAAUUUGCACAGCUUCGUGACAGUGGAAUCUACGAGUGUCAGGUCUCAACAGAGCCAAAAAUGUCUUUAGCUUAUCGGCUUAAUGUUGUAGAAGCCAAAGCAAUAAUUUUAGGACAAAGUGAUUUAUAUGUAAAGAUGGGAAGUAAAGUAAUUUUAACAUGCGUGAUAAGUCAGGGCCCGCAUGAUCUGGGCACCAUCGUUUGGUAUCGAGGUUCGAUGCGGAUCAAUCAAACUCAACUUAAUGACUUGGCAUUAUCGUACCCGCUCCGUGUUUCAAUAGAUGUUAAAUGGACUGAAGCUUUGACGUCGAGAUUGAAAAUUCUCAAUGCUCGUUUAUCUGAUUCGGGAAAUUACAGUUGCGUUCCAACAAUGGGAGAAUCAAGCAGUGUCAUGGUACACGUCAUCAACGGUGAACAUCCACAGGCGAUGCAGAAAUCUGACAGUUUCAAGACACAAUGCAUGAACGAGUAUAUCACGAUUGUAGUCGCAUUGUUGGCAACAUUAGUAAUGAGAUUGACAUCACAUUGUAAAGAUACCCUUGAAAUUGUAAUGUAAAUUCUAAUUUAUCAAAUUCUACGAGCAUCCAUGUAUGAGUAAAUAUGUAGCAUGAAAAUGUGAUCAAAUGUAAUUCUUUGAAUUAUUUAAAAGGAAAACUAGUGAAAUGAAAAGAAUCAAAUCUAAGAUGGAAAACGAAAUUUUUUGUAUUAUGUAGAAAUCUGUAAUAAAUGAAAUCAUUUAAUUGACA